AUGGCGGCGCCGGUACCACAAUUUCAAACAUUAAUAACGGUUGAAGAAUUUCGUAAAUUAAUUAAUAAACAUUUUGAAACACAAAUUUCUGAAGGUCAACUAUAUGAUGCUAGAGAUAUUGAACGGUUUAAUACAAUCGAUGCGUAUACUGUAAUGUUUAUACAACAUGGUCAAUUUAGUACAAGUUUUAAUCAAGAACGAGCAUUAAGUACUUUUAAUGGAUCAAUGAGUUGGAGAAAACGACAUAAUGUUCAUGAUAUUUCUACCAGUGAAUUUCCUGCUGAUUAUUUUGAUCGACAUGCAGUAUAUUUUAAAAAUCAUGAUAAAUAUGAUAAUCCAAUACUUCAUGUUGUUGUUCGUAAAUUUAAUAAAGGACAAGAAGAUAAUGAAGCAAUUAAACGUUUUCUAACAUAUUAUUUUGAAAAACAUGUUCGAGAAUAUCCUGGUCAAAGAAUUGUUAUUCUUUUUGAUAUGAGUGAGGCUGGUAUUGGACAUUUAGAUUAUGAUUUAGUUAAAUUUAUUAUUGCUAGCAUGCAAAUCUUUUUUCCAGGUUUAUUAGCUUAUCUUCUUAUGCUUAAAAUGCCAUUUCUUUUAUCAGCGGUUUGGAAGUUAAUUCGUACUUGGAUGGCGAGUGAAGCUGAACAAUUUGUUAAAUUUGUCAAUGUUAAAACAAUUACAGAUUAUAUUUCACCUGAUCAAUUACCAACGUCAAUGGGUGGUACUGCGGAUGAAAGCUAA